AUGGUUCGCCCUGAGACAACUGGAGCCUAUGUUGCUACCGACAAUGAGCCUGCGGAUAGCAAGAAGCGACAGAACGAAGCACAACAAAAAGAACAGGAAGCCGCCAACAAGCGACGGAAUCUAAACGACUCGGCAUCAAAACUGUCUGACAAACGGACUGUAGCACGGACCCGACGCGAUGCAAAGCAUGCAGAGGCUGUUGAGAGAGGCCGGCUCGCAUGUCUUCAACUUUGCGCAACGCUGCAUACCACCCUACCUCGAGAACUGCGAGACAUGGUGUACAGCGAAAUCAUCGGCCCAUACUACCGCGAGAUCGUCACCGGACACAAAGAUCAUAGAAGACACGUCAUUCAGAGCACAUCAAUGGAUUUCGUCAACCAGGAGAUACGAGGCCUCAAGUCAACUGGACAGCGCGGUCUGAAAUGGUGGCUCGACAGCUACAUGGGCCGCGAAGUAGCCACCGAGAUAGUCGAAAGCUGGUACGGCAGUCGGACGUUCUGCUUCAGUCACCGUAGGUUGAACCUGAUCCCCGAUUUCUUGGAACGCGACGUUUUCUCAAAAGGCCUCAAACCAGGCCUUAUCGUCCAGCACAUGCACGUUCACGUGGCCGAAUACCAAACCAAGACUGGUUACUUCGAUGAGCUACGAGGUACACUCGGCAAGAUCGAGAACAAGGAUGUCAACUUGCACAUACGUCUUCACCACAAGACUAGCAUGUCAGCUCGACGGCUGCAACUAGAGAGACUGGGUCCUGUUAGUGCGGGUUGUUGCAAGGACUUCACGUCGCUGUUUGAUGGGGAAGAAGGGCUGUUCAUGGUUUGCCUGGAACGUUGGGCGUUGUCGGCAAAUCCCAACAUCUGA